AUGAGAGCUGCAGUGCUGAUACAGCGCUGGUACAGGCAGUAUGUGGCACGGAUGGAGAUGCGACGUCGAUAUACAUGGAACAUUUUCCAAUCUAUGGAAUAUGCAGGAGAGCAGGACCAGAUCAAGCUCUAUAACUUCCUUGGUUAUCUCAUGGACAACUUCACACCAUCAAGUACAGAGAGGAACCUAAUUUCCCAUAUCUUCAGAGAAAACGAAGUUUGUCGUGAUGUUGAAUGGGAGAGGUAUUUCUCCUAUGAGAACAUUGAUGUACCUGAAAUUUACUCUGGCCCGCGGCUCACCUUCCCCCUCAAUGUCAGCCAGGUAGCAGACCUUGUUGAAGCCUUCAAAAACAAGCAACAACUUCACUCUCGCUAUGUUCUUCAACUUCUUCUUGAGACUUGGAAACUUCUCAGAAAUUUGCCAAAUAUAAACCGAGUGUCAACCUGUCAAAGCAAGGAGAUCACUAUCUGUGGUGACUUGCAUGGGCAAUUGGAGGACUUGUUAUUGAUAUUUUACAAGAAUGGCAUGCCUUCCCUGGACACACCAUAUGUUUUUAAUGGAGACUUUGUGGAUCGAGGCAAGGACUCCAUUGAGAUUCUUCUCAUCCUCUUUGCCUUUUUACUUGUGUAUCCUGGAGAUGUGCACCUCAAUCGAGGGAACCACGAAGACCAUAUAAUAAACCUAAGAUAUGGAUUCACAAAAGAGGUACUUGGAAAGUACAAGCUUCAUGGCAAAAGAAUUUUGAAGCUUCUUCAGAAGAUUUUCAGCUGGCUCCCCUUGGCAACAAUAAUUGAUCAGAGGGUACUGAUUAUUCAUGGAGGUAUCUCUGAUACCACUGACUUGGGAUUAAUCACAAGAAUUGACAGACACAAAUAUGUGUCAGCUCUAAGGCCUCCGAAGAAAAAGACCACUCUGUCAGGAGGACAGUCAUCCAUGGACUCAGAAUUUGACAAUGAUUCUGUUUCAAACACAAGUUUGCAAAAUAAGAGACGUGCCUCAGUGACAUACAGCAAACCCUUUGGCGCUCGUGAUGGUUUUCAGCGACGGUCACUUCAGGACUUCUCUGGCAUAGUAAACCGAACAGUGGAAGAGGAACAAGAGGUCAGACGGAGGCAGGGGGCAUUCUUCCAAACUGGAUACAGUCGCUCUCAUCGGGAUCUGAAGCCCUCCCUCUCCUCAGAAUCAGACUCGGACUCCACAGAUGCCCCUGAUGUCAGUAAUGCUGAGUGGAAACAGAUUCUGGACCUGCUGUGGAGUGAUCCAAUGUCUCAGGAUGGCUGUUUCCCCAAUGAGUUGCGAGGUGGAGGUUGCUACUGGGGACCAAAUGUGACUGAGGAAUUUCUGAACAGACACAACCUCCAGCUAAUCAUCCGCUCUCAUGAGUGCAAACAGGAGGGUUACGAAUUCUGCCACAACCGCAAGGUACUUACACUUUUCUCUGCAUCCAACUACUAUGAGGUUGGCAGUAACCGUGGGGCCUACAUAAGACUAGGUCCAGACCUGGUGCCUUAUCUCAUUCAAUAUCAAGCUAGUGAUAUGAUACGCGAACUUACCCUCAAGCAAAGUGUGGGUCGAACAGAACGCUCAGCUAUCAAAGCCCUGAGAGAGCAACUGUUUGCACACAAAACUGACCUCCUCAGUGCCUUUAAAGAAUACGACAAAGACAACACAGGCCUCAUCUCCUUGAAUGACUGGGCCAAAGCAGUAGGAACUGUGUUGCACCUGGACUUACCCUGGAGGAUGCUUCGUUCUCAACUGGUCAGUCUGACUCCUAACAACAUGCUUGACUAUCACAGCUGGUUCAAGGAGCUUUCCGUAAAAGGACCAAAUGUAGAGCGUGUAGAGCAGACUGUUUUGGAGACUCUCUACAAGCAUCGAUCCACUUUGGAGACAAUCUUUAGGAUCGUUGACACUGACAAUUCAGGACUGAUCUCUUUUGAGGACUUCCGACAGACAUGGAGGCUACUUGGUGCCUAUCUAAAAAUGGACAUUUCAGAUGAGGCUAUUUCAGAUUUAUUGGUGAGCAUUGAUACCAACAAUGACGGCAGUAUUGACAUCGAGGAGUUCAUGGAAGCUUUUCGUUUCGUUGAUCGAAAUCGCCUGGAACGUGGACGCAGUAUAUUCAUCCCCAAAGACAAGUCCUGACCUACUGUAAGCAGAAAGCACCAUGGAUAAUUUUCUCAAUUAUUUCUUAAGAAUAAAAUAUAAAAAUGUACAGAAAGCC